CACACACAUACGUGUCCCCCGGGGCCCGCCACAUGCCGCCCGCUCCCUGUAUCCACCACCGGGCGAGCUGCGGCUGCCCGUCUCUGCCGGGGGCCUCGGCUGCGCGGUGGCUGCUGGGACUUGUAGUUUCUAGGUGAUACCGUGGUAACCUUUACGGCCUUAUAGCAACUCCCCGAGUAUAGGAAGGGUAUCCGGUUAUUACGCCGAUGUUGGGUUAGUGCAUGGCGUGUGUCCGGCCUGAGGUGUAUAGGUGACAGCGGCAGGAGACUGAAUAACGCUGCUGCUAGGAAACUACAUUUCCCACCAUGCCCCUGUGACCCCGCCUGUUCUCAGGGGGCAACGCCCCCUGGCAACCCCCUUAGCAACGGAUUUGUGUACCCAGAUCCCUGUGCCAGAGUCCUGAGGCGUGUGACAGGUACUAUGGCCGGGUGACAGGGCACAUCAGGAUGGCACAGCGAGCAAGGUGGCACUCCCAGGUGUGUAACAUGUCUGCCUCCUUAUCAUACUCCAUGGACAUGUCCCUGCUCAGAGAUUUAACUACCGGUUGGCUGGAAUGGCACUCGCUGGUUGAAGUUUGUGGCACUGCCCACCUCAGCCACUGACAGAUUGUAACCCCACAACGGCCCAGUGACGUGAGGUGUGAAGACAUAUCGGAUAGAUCCUCUGUAAUUAUGAAGUCUUUCCGUGGAAAAGCAAGAACUCCUGUACUCCCACCCAUCGCUAGCGCCAGCGACAAGAGGUUUCUGAUCAGCAUUGAGGAGUUCAUAGACACGGAGGUGGAGAAACUGUCGGAUGCGGGACAGUUUGAUGCAGAGCAGCAGUGUGUUAUCUAUGGACAAGUGUUCGAUAAGGUGAUUGAGUAUUGCACUGACUAUAAAGGUCUACUUACUUCAAUCAAGAAAGAAUAUGAUACGUUUAUUGAUGCCAUCAAACAGGGAGAAACAGAUGCCACCCAUCUUCGUGCCAAGCUAAAGACAUUGGCCUCUGAGCCCACUACACUCGUGUACCACAGGAAAAGAGCAGCGGAGCUGGCAGACAGAAUUGACAUCAUUAAUAAGGAUUCUAUCAGGAUUGAAAGUCAGUUGCAGAAAUUACUGGAUGAAGAGAGAGCAAAGACCCCUCCAGUAGAAGAGACAGGACCCCCACUAAAACCUAUAAACCCAUCAGCAUUGAUCCCAGGGGAUUCAGGGAAUGGGUGUCUACCGUGGCUCAUGACACCUCUGCAUAAUCCACAAGGCCCUUCACAGCACCAAUAUUACGAUGCACACAUUGCCACCCGCAGUGUUGUGGAACGCACUUUUGGAGUGCUGAAAAGUCAUUUUAGGUGUUUGGACUGGUCAUCAGGUACACUACUUUAUCAACCACCCAAAGUAGUGAUGAUCGUUCAGACUUGCUGCAUACUGCACAACAUUGCCCUGGGCCAAGACAAUUAUGCAGAGGAAGGCAUUGCAGCAGUCGUGGAGGAAGCUGAACCUACACGAGUUAGGGCAAAUAGGAAUAUGCGGAGGGGGGAUGUGAUUCGGAAUGAGAUUAUAUGGCUGUAUUUCUCAGGUAUGACGAGGGAAGAUUCUCUCAACAUUGAAGCUCUUAUAAAACACCAGCAGCACUUAGAAGACAGGAGGCAGACAUUAAAUGCUGACAUGAAAACUAAAUAUGUCCCGAUCCAGAGAAAGCAAGAACUGGAUAUAAAGCUCAGCCUCGCUGUACAGGAAAAGGAAGAGGCAGAAUCAGUCAACAGGGCAUUAAUGGACAGCUACAAGAAGAAACGAGUAAUUGCGGAUACAAUAUUAUCCUGGUCAAGAUCUGAUAAAAGUGUUACGCUCUAUGAGACGUUAGGUCAAAUGAUGGCAAAAGAACAUGAAAUAAAAGAUGAUACAGCUUCCUCCAGUGCAUUUGAUGAUCUGGAUCCAAGCAAGGUCUUAGAAGCUGAAUCUUUGUUAGAAUAUGUCGAAAGAUUUAAUGAGCUGUUUGUAAGUGGUCAGUAUAAGGCGGCCGCAGUCUCCGCAGCGCACAGCCCCAGAGGGAUCCUCAGAAACACGGAAACCAUGGAAAGGUUUAAAGCUGUUGUAGUCACUAACGAUGAGAUCCAUCCUCUGCUGUGGUUCUUUGAGGCUCUUAUGGAGACCAGUACUGCUGCCAAACACCCUGUGAAUGCAGCGCUCACACUGGAAGGAGCUAAGUGCGCUCUGUCUUAUGAUCACAUAGAGCUUGUUGUUCACUGGGUAACUCAGCAAAGAAUAACAUUUUCCGAGGCUCUUGGGGAUGUCAUUCGGGAUUACGGAGAGAAGGAGCCACACCACAAGGCCACAUGCCUAGCCCUGGGCCAGCUGAUCUACAGGAAAUGUUCUAGCCUCAGGAAGGCUGCUCUCUGUAUGUGCCUACAAGGCCAAAUCCAAGGGGCCAUUGGCUACACUUACCAGAGCAAACGCUUUUUAUUGGAUGACUACUUGUUCUUGCUGAAGGAGUGUCCUACUGCUGAGCUCAUCAAUGGUCUGACCAAAGAGUGGAAUGAUAAGCCGGCGGCACUGUCUGUUGGGCAGGCCAUGUUGUCUCUGCUCUGUACUGAUCAUAAGGAGUAUGGAUUCCAAAUGCUGGAGAACAUAUACAAGUGUGGGGAGACUUUGGAGCAGGUGAUCCUUAAUGAUGUGGUCUGCACACCAGAAGGAUGGGUAGAAAUUGCUGAGGAAUGCUCCAAUAACAACUACAGGACCAUGUCUGAGAAGAUCAUGUCUAUCGUCAUAUCACAAGAUGGAGUUGUGGAGAUUUCAUCCAAGGAUGAGGAUGCAAAAAUCAUGGAUCACGUGUUUAUGUAAUUCCUGGUACAGAACAGCAGAGGGAGCACUAGCACCAAUUUGCAAAUAAAAUACUGUAGAUUAAAACGUUGGAA